GCGUCGUGUCUAAACUUGUUGCUUAUGGUGGUUACUGUAAAAAGGUAAUUUUAGCCUACUUCUUUACCUUUAUAUAAGGAUAUCUUGGUCUGCGAUCAUGUAUUUUGAACCAAAUUUUCUUGGAGACAUUUCACGACGAUUAUCAACGCUUGAAUGAAUUAAUUGAGAAUGUCGCACUUUGAUCUUGAGAACGAAGUGAAUAGUGCAUUGAAGAUGGAUGCCCCACUAACAAGAGGUCCAUUAAUGAGAUGGCAGAGAAAAAACGCAGAUCCAGGAAACCAAUCGCUCAAUUCCUCAGUGGCAAAUGCCAGCCUUACUUCGUCCAGUAAAACACCAAUGAAACUUGUUAACCAGCCCUCUAUGGGUCAACCAAAGACUCCCUCAGCAGAUACAGGACGGAAAACACCCAAAUCUUCAGCUGGUACUCACAAGACACCAAGCAAAACCUCUAAGACUCCCAAGAAAACACCAAAAGCUGGCGAUCGCUUCAUUCCAAAUCGAACAACAACUCAAUUUGAUGUUGGACAUUUCAAGCUAUCCAGAGAUGCAGAAGCAGAGUGUGAGGCUUCUCAGGAGCUGUUAAGUCCCUCGCAAGUAGAGUAUCAGAGACUAAUGAGUGAAAAUCUGAAUGGUGAUCGUUUGAACCAUAAGAUUAUUUCCUAUAAAGAAAAGGCUCCUGGUGCACCAGAAGGUUAUCAAAGCAACUUAAAGGUGUUAUACAGCAGUACAAAAGCACCAGCAAGUGCAAAGAAAACUACACGACAUAUACCACAGAUUCCAGAACGCAUACUAGAUGCUCCAGAUAUUUUGGAUGAUUACUAUUUAAAUCUUUUAGACUGGUCAAACACCAACCUGCUUGCAGUCUCACUGGGUGGGAGUGUGUACCUCUGGAAUGCCUCAACAGGAGAGAUCACUCAGCUUUUGCAGAUGGAAGGGCCAGAAGAGUAUGUUGGUGCAGUAUCCUGGAUCAAGGAAGGCAACUAUCUGGCUGUAGGGACAAGGUCAGGUGAAGUACAGCUCUGGGAUGUUGUUCAAAAAAAGAGAUUGAGAAACAUGGCUGGACAUUCUGCUAGAGUUGGAUGUCUUUCCUGGAAUUCCUAUAUUGUUAGCAGUGGUAGCCGAAGUGGUAACAUUCACCAUCAUGAUGUGCGUAUGGCAGAACACCACGUGGGCACUCUGAGUGCCCACACGCAGGAAGUUUGUGGGCUGAACUGGUCACCUGAUGGCAAGCAUCUGGCCAGUGGAGCCAAUGAUAAUCUCCUAUGCAUCUGGCCAGCUCAGACAGUGGGAAGUGUUGCUCAGCCACUAUAUACAUUUACACAGCACCAGGCUGCUGUCAAGGCAGUAUCCUGGUGCCCUUGGCAGCCAAGUCUUCUCGCUAGUGGAGGAGGCACAGCUGACCGCCACAUACGCUUCUGGAACUGCAAUACUGGAACUAGCUUGAAUGCUAUUGAUACAAAAUCACAGGUAUGUGCCAUACUUUGGUCACGGGAACACAGAGAGCUGAUUUCCAGUCAUGGCUUUGCACAGAACCAGCUUAUCAUCUGGAAAUAUCCAACAAUGUCUAAAGUCGCUGAGCUUACAGGUCACACAGCCAGGGUACUUCAUAUGGCUAUGUCCCCAGAUGGUGAAACUGUUGUGUCAGCAGGCGCUGAUGAGACCCUCAGACUUUGGAAGUGUUUUGCUGUGGAUGAAGAAAAGAAAAAAAUGAAGACAAAAACUGUAGGAAAAGAGACAGGGUCCUCACUGAGAACCAUGAUUCGAUAGCCUGAUGCACUUUGUGCAGAGUGACUGUGCAAUAUGUAAAACAGUGAAAGGAUGGGGGUGGGGCAAAAGAAGCCUUACUUUUUUGGAAUAGCCAACAUGGAAUGCCUUCUGUCUUAGGUGUGACUCAAGUAAAAUGAAGAUAUUUUUUGGUGGAGGAGACUGACAGUGAACACUCGCAUAUUGGCACGGAGAGGCUGAAAUAAUAUGAAAUUUUAGGGUCUGUACCGAUGACAUUUGGUGUAUUUUGUUAAAAUUAACCUGAAAAGGUUUGGGUGGUGGUCAGAGAGUAGUUUGUCAGAACUGCGAUACAAUUAUUUAUUAUUUAAAGGCAAAUUGUCAUGAAAGGAUUUUUAAAUACAAACUUUCAGCACAUUUUCCUUUUUACACCGAUAGCCCUUUAACAAAUUCAAGAAACUAUAGAGCUCCUACGCUGUAGAUCUAUAGUUUAAACUUUAAGAUUGUUAAAGUCCUUUUUUAGUUGAAUCUUAAUAGACUUGUAUUUGGAAAAUGUUGUCAUUUUAAUUGCAUUUUCUAUGUUUUAACAUUAAAUAAGUAUUAAUAAAUAAAUCUGCGGUUUGAGCAAUUUUAAGCAUGUUCAGUCUUUUAAAAGUUGACUUUUAUUUUCUUUUGUUGCAAUGUCUUAAGCUAUAGCAACCUGUUAAGAUGCACAAAACACACUAAUUUUUCGCUGACAUGCUAUUAAAUGCUUCAAUCUUGUCUACAGUGCAUGCUUGAGUAUUGUUUGUAUUUGGAUAGCACCAUAUUUUCAUUAUUUGAUCUAAUCUGGUACACACAUGCAUGUGUGUAAGACCGAGGUCUGUUUUUAGCACGAACUUGUAUUACAUGUCCGUGGUUUGUAACCAGUGACAUUAAAAUUAGGGCCGAGGGAGUUCUUUAAUAAGAAAGAUGUUUUUGUGCAAGUUUUACAAUAAAAUCAUUAAUUUUUGUAUAUUUAUUUGUUUCAUAAAGACUGCAUGCUAGGAAAUUUUUUUAGACACAUUUGGAAUAUGUCUGCUAUACGUGACAGAACAUAAAAUUUAGCUAAUUCACACAAAUUUCAUAACAUUCUAUUCUGUCAAGAGCCCUAAUACAGCAAAAAAAUUCAUUUUAUCAUAAAGAUUUAAAACUUAAAAAAA